AUGGAGCUCCUCCUUCCCCCUGCCGGCGCUUUGCCGCCUCUGCCCCUACUUCGGGGUUGUGGAGCCUUUGCACCGGUUGGCGCCGUCUCGUUCAAGGCGGCGGGAUCUGUGUUGCAGGCCCGGAUUUCUCCUCGGUCGCUCUCCUUUGGUCCUGCCUCGACAAGGUCGGCUACACCACCGCCGUCGUCUCUGGUUUCUUCGAUUUCUGCGGCGGCUUCGAGCGUAGUGUCCGCCUCGGCCUGCUCCGGCUGGGUGGUUGACGUGGAGAAGCCUCCCGCUGAGGUCGGUCCCUCCAGGGCGGAGGUUGUCGAUUAUUACGUGGAAAUCCUGGCUCGGGUUCUCGGAGAGUAAGGUUCUUUGCCUUUGUUUACUUAGGGCAGGAAGUAGCUCUUCUGUGUGUUUUGGCUGCCGUCAUUUCUGGAUUACAGUUUGGUUUUCCCGCUGAUAUUUUGUGUUUGAACAGUGAGAAGGAAGCCCAGGCGUGCAUUUACGAUGCGUCCUGGGGGAACCAAUAUCGUUUCCGCUGCGACGUUGAUGAGCAGGCUUCUGGUGUGCUUGCAGGUUCAUUACUGUCCAGUCGCGCGCACUGUUUGUUGUGGUUUCUCAUGGUGAAUUUUCGAUCUACUGAACGUCUUGGUCCUUGGCCAACUCAGAUGGCAUAAGGGUAACGCAUUCUUUGGGCUAUUGCCUGGGGAAUGGUCGUUGUCCACUAGCCAUUUGCGGCUGGAGCAUGUUGAAGUAGAUUGGUUGAUGCUAGGAUACAAACCUUGUAAGGCUUAAACGGAGAGGUCGCAUUGAACUUUUGUUUUUUUUUUUGGGCUUUCUCUAGGUCUGUCGAAUGUCUUAUCAGUCAGACCAGAUACAGACGAUAAACCCGUAAAGGAAAGUUUCUUUCAGUCUGAUAAGGGAAGUUCCAAAUUUUCCCCUUCGGGAGGUGGUUCGAAUCACUGGCUGGUGAGAAUGCGGAACCCAGGGGUGGAAGUUGUCACGAAGGCACAGAUAGUGGAUUACUAUGCUGAGACCUUGGCAAAAAUUUUAGGGAAGUAAGUAUUCUUUAAAAUGGCAUCUUUUCUAACAUUUCACUGGUACUAUUGGUUCCUCCUCGUAACAUUGUUUCUGCAUUACAGUGAGAAGGAUGCGCAAGCCUCCAUUUAUCACAUCUCGUGGGAGAAAGAUUUUGCCUUCUGUUGUCAAGUUGACGAGGAAUGUGCGCGAGAAUUGGCUAGUAAGAUUCGAGGAUUGAUGCUUUUAAUGAAGUUAUAAGUACCUCUAUUUAGAGUCUAAAACCUUCUAUAAUGAAUGACAGACGUGCCGGAGGUCCUUCAUGUUUGUCAGGAUGUCCAUAUCGACUCAAAAAAUAAGGAAUACGGAGGUAUGUUAGUUGGACUUGUACCUUGUGUCAUAAAGAAUGGAUAACAUAUGAAAAUUUUCAUAAACUAGGAUUAGGUGAUAAAAAAGUGUAUGUUUCGGGUUAUGUGCCUAGAAACUGGAAUUGCUCUUAUUUGUUCAAUGCUAUAUGUAUUGAAUCAUUCCCUCACUAUUUUAUUGAUCCUUGUAUUUGUUUUUUUCCUUAAUGAUGUCUUUUUGAUUGAUCUCUGUUGCUUUCUUACAUACUUUUAUCAGUGCCAUGAAAUUGUUGUUUCCAGCUAUUAUAUUAAUUCUCUUCCUUCAUUCGAUUCAGAAUACUUGGUGGGUUAGCACUAUAAUCUUGGUGGGUGAUGCAUGAAAAUCAUUCCUUGAGUCCAACUAGGUCAAUAACUAUCUAACUUUUUAGGUGAUGAUACGCCACAGAGCUCAGAAUCCCUUGAAAUGCCUGUAAAUGAACAGAGCCCAACUAUUAAAACGAAAAGGCUUUUUGUGACUGGUAUGUGACCUUGAUGUUUUUCCCUUUUCUUUUUUUUUUUUGUAACAUUGCAAUCAUUGUUUUCCGUUUUGCGUUCCAUGGUAGCUCAUAUGUCAAAAUGGAUUUUUGUCAGUGAUGUUUAUUUUUCUCAUUUUCCAUGGGUGAGGGAUUGAACUGUAUCAUCUACAUGCGUGUAAAUGAAAAUUUAAGCUGAUCACUUAUUGGUGGCAUUGAUCGAUCUUUGUGGUAUAAAGAUUAAUGUGCACAUCACUAUCAAUAAUCUUUCAUAUUGAUUACCCAGAAUAAUUGAAGUACCAUUUAGCCAAUUUAGAUUACAACUAUUGAUCUCUCAUUAAACUUCCUGUCCCAUGUAGUCAUUAGUAUCUGAACCGUUUCCAGACAAGUAUCUAUUACUUUGAAUGGCUAAGAACCCACAUCAAAUCUGGAACCCCGAUUGCUUCGCAGAAGUAUAGAUGAAAAGUCCAUGUAGUUGACUGGAGGAGUUCAUUGGCGGCAAGGUAGGGGUCAACACCUGCGGGAGGUAUGAAGAUAACCAUGCUGGCCUGGUCCUUUUAAUUGGGAACCAAACUCUUUUAUUGAACGGAGAGACUAUGGAUCAAACUAUAAUAGAAUCCCAACCAACCUAAAACAACGAUGCUUUAAAAGCAUUGACAUCAUUUUUUAAAAAAGUAGUUCAGUUUGAGUAUUCUGAUUGACUCAAACAGUUGAGAUUGGAAAUAAUAUGCUUUGGGGCACAUUAUUCGAACUGGAAAUAUUCGUCAAAAAAAUAUAUAGCAAAAUAUAAUUCCUGUUGCAUGUGCUAUGGAAAUUUUAAAAUGAAUUGAAAGUCAAUUAAAAAUAUGGCGCAUUAUGGGUUUAUUUUUUCCUUUCACAGGCCGAGGAUUCUGUUUUUUUUUUUUUUUGAAGAAAAUUCUUUUGGCUAGAAUCAACCAUAUACUUUGAGGCUGCUUCUUCCAUGCUAAUUAUUUAUGAGCUGUUAUCUUUAUUUGAUUUAAUAUUACAGAAAUAAAUAAAAUCUUUCUCCAUAGUUUCAUAUCCAGUUGGAAAAAGAUUCAAUAAAAAAGGCCGUAACCUUGCACAAUUUUUUUUUCUGGAGGCUUUAAUCACUCUGAUGUUGCAAACAUCUACAUCUGGGUCAUCAUGCUUGGUUUGACUCAAACCAGAAGUCAAAAAUGAAGAAUCAACAAAUAUUCGUUGACUUGUUUCAAGGAGAUGUUGCAAACAUAUGGCUGAUGAUUUACUUUCUUGACGUCUUUGGUGCCUCUGGUUCCCAGGACUUUCCUUUUAUACCUCUGAGAAGACCCUACGGGCGGCAUUUGAAGGCUUUGGCGACCUCGUCGAAGGUACAAUCCCCCCCCCCCCCUGAUCUAUCUAAUAUUCACCCAUUUAUAUCUAGUUUUCUCAUAUCAUCCAACUUAUAUCAAUGUUCUUCAUUAAUAUUUCCUCUUUUAUUUUCCUGUGGGCUUUUCUGUCUCAGAAAAUAAUAAUAAUAAUAAUAAUAAUAACAAUGAUAACUAUAUCUCCUGAUGGGUUUGCCAAAUACAGUAAAAGUCAUAAUGGACAAGAUCUCAAAGAGAUCCAAGGGCUACGCCUUCAUUGAGUACGCUACCGAAGAGGCCGCUGGUGUGGCCCUGAAGGAGAUGAAUGGCAAGGUGAUCCAUAAUGUUGUCCUCCCUGUGGCAAUAUUCUUUCAUCCGAUUGACCGGGUUUCUUGAUCGGCAGAUAAUCAACGGCUGGAUGAUCGUCGUCGAUGUCGCCAAAUCGGGCCCACUGAGACACGGCGGUGGUGCCCGGCGGGGCUUCUCAUGA